AUGCAACUCACAAGCAUCAACUCCCUCCUCUCCUGGGGAACCAUCGACCCCGAGCUGGACCUUUACCUCCACGCCAACCCCCUCCCCGAAUCCAACUACGUCAACACCCCAAUCAUGCAGCUCCGCGCACAGAACCAAAAGAUCGAAACAGCGACAUUCAACGCCUUGCCAUCCGAUGGGAUCAACGAGACCGUGAUCACGAUCCCCAUGAGCGAUGGCACUGAGAGCUCGAUUCGAAUCUGCAGACCUCUCAAGGAUUCCAGUUCCGCUGAGACCGAAGAUGAAGAGAAUGAUUCAGACCCAGAAAGCCUGACCCCCCUAAUCGCCCUCUUCCACGGCGGCGGCUUCGUCGUCGGCUCGAACCUCCAAAUGACCACUUUCGCGCGCGCCUUCGCAACCCUCUACAACGUAACCGUCGCAUCACUCUCCUACCGCCUCGCCCCCGGACACCCCUUCCCAACAGCCCAAAACGACGCAUGGGACGGGAUCCGCUGGCUCAGCGACCCUCGCAACGCGGCCCAUCUCAACGCAAACCUCACAAAGGGAUUCAUCGUCGGCGGGGUCUCAGCAGGCGGAAACCUCGCGAUCUCAGUCACGCAUCGCUCGAUCGUCGAGAACCUCCCUUCGCCAAUAACCGGCCUUUGGACUGCGAUCCCAAUCACAGUGCCCUCGAACGGCGAGACUAUCCCAGAGGAAGCGCUGAGCGGGUGGAUCUCACGGACCCAGAACGCAGACGCCCCGUGUCUGUCGUACCAGGAUCUCGUGUACCUGCAGAGUCUACUGCGCGUGGAUCCGACGAGUUCGGCAUUCUCGCCGUUCGUCGAUCUCUGUGCCUUUCCGGCGUUGCCGCCGCUGUAUGUCCAAGUUGCCGGGAUGGAUCCGUUGCGGGAUGAUGGGCUUGUGUAUGAGGCUGUGGCGAGGGAGAUGGGGGUGCAGACCAGGGUGGAUGUGUAUGGGGGGAUGCCGCAUGGGUUCUUUUUUUAUUUUCCUGGGUUGAGGCAGUCGGGAAGGUUUUUGGGGGAUGUGGUGAGGAAUAUGGGGUGGUUGUUGGGGAGGGAGGUGGAUGAGGAGAGGGUGGGGGAUGUAGUUGGGAGAUUGGCGAGGGGGAGGGGUUCUUGA